CAGUUCCAUGAUGGCUGAAGAUCCCGGAGGAGCCUAUUUCAAUCUCUCAUUUAUUUCCUUUCGUUUCAGCUUAUCUCUGCUUGUCUUUGAGACAUGGCAGGAACCGCGGUCACGAUAAGCGGACGUAGAUGCCCACUGCCGUCAUGCCCAAGAAAGGGAACCGAAAACGGCUGAAAUUCAGACCCGACGAUGUUUGUUCGGAAUCAGUUACUGUGGCCGACUAUGCCAAUUCCGACCCAGCCAUUGUAAAGUCCGGAAGAGUGAAAAAAGCUGUUGCUAACGCAAUUGAAAAAGAAGUGAAAUUGCUUUGUGGGCUUGAAGCAUCCCAGGGCCCCGUGCGUGAGGUGUUAUCAUCCGUGGUCAGUGUCAGCUGCCAGCCCUGUGAUAGCAGUGAGGAGGCGGAGCCAGAGGAUGGGGCCGGCGACGUUAAGAGGACGCGCAAAAAGAAGAACAAGAGACUGAAAGGCAACCAGCGAUGUGGCGAAGGACGAGAGUAUCCCAUCGACAUCUGGCUGAUACUGGCAUCGUACAUCCGUCCAGAGGAUAUCUGCACUUUUGCUUUGAUCUGCAAGAAUGCUUGGACUGUGACCUGCACUGCUGCCUUCUGGACCAGAUUAUACAGGAGGCACUACACCCUGGAUGUGCAGCUGCCCUCCCGCCUGCAGCCAGACUCCAUUGGGAGGAUGCGCUGCCUCCGUGCUUGCGUGAUCCGCUCCCUUUUCCACAUGUAUGAGCCCUUCAGCUCCCGCGUGUCUUCCUGCCCCUCCCUCCCUGAGUCCACCCCCACCACACUCCUCAAUUCCAAGUGUUUACUGUUUUGGAUCAAGAAGAUUGUUGGAAAUAGACCAGAGCCAAUGUGGGAAUUUAAUUUCAAGUUUCAGAAAAAGCCUACCAAGUGUAAGAAUGGCUGUGGGUCGGUGCUUCCGCUGCCCAGGCAGUACGCAGAGGUCCACGCCAACCCAGACUCGGACUGCUACCUCCUGCAAGUCACCACGCUCAACUUCAUUUUCACCUCUGUUGUCAUGGGCAUGACACUCUCCCUGUUCACGAUCAACGUGAGCACGGACAUGAGGCACCACCGCGUGCGCCUGGUCUUCCAGGACUCCCCUGUCCUCCAAGGGAAGAAGCUGCGUGGGGAGCAGGGUGUCCAGGUGGUGCUGGACCCGGUGCACAGUGUGCGUCUCAUCGACUGGUGGCACCCACAAUACCCCACCUCCGCAAGCACCUAAGCCCCCAUCCUCCCUUCUGCCAGUUUUACACCACCCUCCUCCCC